AUGGACUCCGGCGGGGGCAGCGGGGCUGGCCCGUCAUGGCCGCUCGACGAGCACCUGAUCGAGUCGCCGGCGCGCAUCCUCGAGCGGCUGCGCACCAUCUCGGGGUACACAUGGGACGACACGCGACGCCCGUUCCACUCGACAUACGAUAACUGGCACGUUUUCGGGACACGCUUUGUCUCGCCCUUCUCGUCGCCCCCGACCAGCGUGUUAUCCAACCUAGGGUCGUCACGGGGGUCAUCGGCGGACCUGCGCUCCCACUUGCACACGACGGCGACAGCGCCCACAGCUACGACGGCGUCCGCAGCGUCCACAACGUCCGAGACAGGGUCGGUAUCGGACCGGUCAACCAACUCUGUACCGAUGUCAGCGUUCAACGGCACGGACGUGCCAGUAGUCGAGCAGCGCGUGGUAGCACGGGUCUCGUACCAUGUGCUGCGUGAAGAGCGGGCCUUCUACAUCUCCAAGAGCCUGGUAGCCAGCGCCGAUACACAAGAAGACCGCAUGGUCAAGCCGCUCGACGUACUGCGACUACCAGCCGCAGCGGGCGACCGCGGCCCCGUCAUCGUGGCCGUGUACGAAGACCCCGGCCCCAACUCGCUGGCCAAGUUGAUGGAUUUCGGACCGGCGUUCUAUUUCGCCCAGCGCGACUCGGACCGGUGGGAGCCGCUGCGCAAAGCAUCCCCGCGGCUGGACCCGCCCAUCACCUUGGAGAGUUUCCUCGAUUUCGCCAUCGGCGCGGCGCAGUGUCUGGAGAUCAUCCACCACGGGCAGGGGAUCGUGCACGGGGAAAUCCGCGGGGACGCGUUCCACUACAACGCCGACACGCGCAAGGUACGGCUGAUCUCGUUCGGGUCCGGGCUGCGGUCGUUCGAGCACGGCCUGACCAGCACGGCCUGGUCGGCUUUCUCCAAAACGGUCGACGCCAAGCACAAACUGCAGUACAUCAGCCCGGAACAGACGGGGCGCAUGCCGGCUGAACCGGACACCCGCACCGAUAUCUACUCGCUGGGGAUCCUGCUGUGGGUGCUGCUCACGCGCCGGCCGGUGUAUGAAGGCGACACGCCGCUGGAUAUUGUGCAGGCGGUGCUGACGCGCAAGGUGCCCAGCGUGACGACGUAUCGGAUUGAUGUGCCGGAUGUGAUUGGGCGGAUCAUACAGAAGUGCACGGAGAAGAAUGUGACCGACCGGUAUCACUCGGCGGGCGGGCUGCGGUAUGAUCUGACGGAGGUGCAGAAGAUGUUGGGGAGUGGGAACUUGGCCGGGCUGCGGGACUGGCCGAUCGGGACGCGCGAUGUGUCGUCGUCGUUUCGGUUGCCGGCGGAGAUGCUGGGGCGGGAUAAGGAGAAGGCCCAGUUGCUGCGGUUGAUUGAGAAGACGGCGAAGAGCCAGUCGGCUGGACGCACUGGGGCCGGACCCGGGGGGUCCUCGCUGCUGGGCCGGGGAUCGGACGGGUCGAGCUUCGGCGCUGCGGAGAUGUUUGACGCGGGUGAUGUGUCGAGUGAUGGGGGGAGCUCGACGGGCCGACAUACGCAUAGUUUGAACGGGUCGCGGACGGAGACCAAGUCGAGGACUAGCGCGCCGCAGCUACAGCAACAGCAGCAGCAGGCAUCAGGAUCUCUUUCUGAUCCCCUAGGCCCAGGCCCCUCUGUGACGCUCUCGUCGGGCGCAUCAACGUUGUCGGCGGGUGGCCUGCAUCGGUUGGCGCGGGGGCGAGAUCGACACGCGUUUGUAGCAGACGGCAGCCACAACGGCGAGACCACGCAACACUCUGAUCUCUCGCGGCACGGCGCGACAAUCACGACCGAGACGUCUGGAGGCGGAGCUGGAGGAGGAGCAACAGGGGGGUUAGGAGGACCAGGAACAAGCAGCAGCCUAGCACGACAACUCGGCUCAACAGCCAAGUUCCGACGACAUGGACACUGCGAGAUUGUGCUGAUCGAAGGGUCCGGCGGGUUGGGCAAGAGCAGUCUGGUGCAGUCGGUGCUCCCCGAGGUGCGACGGAGGGGCUACUGUGCGACGGCCAAGUUUGAUAAGGCGCGGAAGACGCCGUUUGGUCCGCUGCUGAAGCUUAUGUCGUCGCUUUUCCGCCAGGUGCAGGGCGAGCGGAAUACGGAUACGCUGUUCCAUCAGGCGCUGAGGCAGAAUGUACGGCCUGUGUGGCCCAUGUUGCAUAAGGCGUUGGGGUUGCCGGAUUUCUUGUUGCCUCCUACGACAGUGGUUACUACUGCCAAUGCUGCUACUAGCACUGUCGGCACUACUACCGGUACUACGACUGCUGAAUCGCCGACGCCGUUUUCUGCGGGUGGUGGUGGUGGUGGACCCGGCACAGCGCGCAACUCACAGCAAGCGGACCCGAACAGGCGGGGGUCGACGCCGGAGUCGAGCACGCCAUCGGCACUGCGAGCAGCCUCGGGGUCGGCGGCCCAGAACUCCCGGGAGUUUCUGCGUGCGGGCGUGUCGACCAAGACGAACCGGCUGCUGGCCAUCUUCCUUGAGGUGCUGCGGGUGUUUACACAGCACAAGUUUAUUUGUUUGUGUCUGGACGACCUGCACUAUGCCGACGACGAGUCACUGGAGAUGAUUACUCAGAUCGUCGGGGUGCGGCUCAAGCUCAUGCUGAUUAUCACCUACCGACCUGAGGAGUUGCCGUUUGCGACGGUGCAGAAGUUGUUAACGCCGGUACAGCAGCAGCAGUCGUCGUCCUCGGAGGGUGCACCCAAGGGAACCAGCGGGGGAACGCACAUCACGCGCAUCACGCUAGCACCCCUAACGGAGGAGGAUAUCGCGCAGUACGUGUCGACGGCGCUGUCGCUGCCAACCGAGGCAGUCUACCCUUUGGCGCUGGUGAUCCAGAGCAAGACAGCGGGCAACCCGUUCUACAUGCGCGAGAUGUUGAGUGCCGGACACCGCAAGAAGUGUAUAUGGUAUGACUACCUGGUCGGGCAGUGGAAGUAUGACUUGGACCGGCUGUUUGAGCAGUUCCAGGGGGAACAGGACUACGACGUGCUGGACACGGACUUUAUCACGCGCCGGCUGAGUGAACUCCCCAAGGCUGCGCGGACGAUCCUCGCGUGGGCUGCACUGCUGGGACAUACCUUCUCGUUUGACCUCAUCUGCAAGCUGAUGAGUGGGCAGCGGUAUCUGCAUGAGAACACCGAGUGUCCCGGAGAGGCACUGGUUGCCGCCUCAGCCGAGCGAAAGGACAACCGGGAGAAGAAGGACAACAGCAGUGAUGCCAGUGACACCGACACCGACACGGAAAACGACAACUCUAAACCGACCGAGAACAACGCCAUCAUCGCAGGCCUGCAAGCCGCCAUCCAAGCCUUCAUCAUCGUCCCCAGCGACCAAGACGACCACUUCCGCUUCGCCCACGACCGCUACAUCCAAGCGGCCCUGGCCCUCAAAGAAAGCAGCGACCGUGCAACUAUGCACUUUGUCAUCGCCCAAGUCCUCCUCAACAACGCCCCCGACCUGCCCAUCCUCAAAGACAACGCGGCCUCCCAUGUCUGCGAAUCCGUCGACAUCAUCCGCGCCCAAGUCACUCACCGCCGGCCGUACCGCAAACUGCUCUUCGAACGCGCCCACGACGCCACGGAAAGCGGUGCCCGCCCAACCGCUGCGCAGUACCUCGCCAACGCCGUCGCUUUACUCCAACAGCCCGAUCCCUGGGACGAGUCCGCGGAGGAUGUGUACUACGAAGAAACACUCCAAUUACACCUGCAGGCGGCGGAAUGCCAGCUGUUUAUGGGCCUACAGAGCGCGGCGGACGCGUUGUUGCAAAAGAUUUUUGCGCAUGCGCGGACGGCGCUGGAUACCGCGCCGGCGUGGGUGCUGCAGUCGCGGAUUUCGGCGCAGAGUGGGGAUUCGAGGGGCGCGUUGGAGUCGUUAACGAGGUGUUUGGAGGCGUUGGGGGUCAGGUUGGAGGAGGGGUUGACGGAGGAAGGGUGUGAUGAACGGUUUUGGGGGUUGGUAAAGCGGAUUAGGGGGUUGGAGAGAGGGGGGGUUUUAGAUCCGGUUGUUGAUGUUCUGGUCAAGGACACGGACACGGCAGUCAGCAGCGAAGAGGCCGGCAAGGAGAGUAAGACGGACAAGGGCGGCACAAACGGGGACGAGCGCGAGGACAGCGAAGCCCGCGAGGCCAUGCUGUGUUCCAUCGGCGCCGUGCUGGCCGAGACGACGAGCGCCGGCUGGUGGACGGACAACACCGUCUUUUACCAGCUCGCCCUCCUCAUGGUCGAUACCCACUUCCGCCAAGGCGCCUACCCGCAGUCGGCCAUGGCUUUCAUCUACCUCUCGUUCAUCGCUCUCUCGCGCUUUAACGACCCCAGCCUGGCCUGCGAGCUGUCGAGUUUUGGUCUUGACCUGCUCGACAAAUCCCACGACCCUUGCGCCAUGUCGCGCGGGUAUAUUAUUUAUGCCAAUUUUGUCGGGCAUGUGCAAGACCCGAUUAGCUUAUCCGUUGCCCAAGCCGACGGGCUGGUGGAUUUCGCCAUGGCCGCUGGGGACCGCAUCUCCACGAUCCUCAGUUUCGCCCUAUCAGCACAGCUCAAGUUCUAUGCCAGCGAGCACUACGCCGACGUCGAGGCCUUCUGCCAGUUCGGCUGCGAAGAGAUCCCCAACUGGCACCUCGACACCCGCGGCGGCACCCUCCUAAUCGCCAUCCGCCAGGUCUGCCGCGCACUACAGGGCAAGACGCAAGCGGUCGAGAUUGACCGUGAAAACGACCCGGACUGUGUCAUGAGCGACGAACACCACGACACAGCCACCUACAAACAAUGGCUAACAACCAACACCAACAACGGCGGCCGGUCCCGCCUCAUCUACGAAACCAUGGAAAUGGUCCCCCUCUUCCUCUUCGGCCACUACGACCGCGCCAUCGAAAUCGGCCGUGCCUGCGAAGCCGACGUCGCCCUCCUGUGGUCCGCGCGUAACGGCCGGUUGGCCAUGUUAUUUUAUGGCCUCGCCCUCGCGGGAUCCGUCCUCCGCCGCCAAAGCGACCCAUCCCGCGUUGGCCAGCUGCCGCAUCAAGCCGACCGCGACGAAGCCGACCAGGCCCUCGUGUCCGCAACAGUCGCUAAAGUCGCUGCCCUCAGCCAACGCAUCAAAGACUGGGAAGUUGUUGACAAUGUCAACUACCUCGCCUGGUCGCGGUUACUCGACGCGUCGGGGGCUGAGAUGCUCGGGCACCAUGGCACGGCUAUCCGGUUGUAUGAGGAAGCGCUGGAUCAUGCGGCCGAGCAGGGAUUUGUGUUUGAGGAGGCCCUCGGGAAUUAUCUGAUGGCGAAUGUGUUUAUUCGGAAUGCGGCGAGACGGUCGGCGCGGUCGGCGUUGCGGGAGGCUGUGUCCCUCUAUCGGUUGCUCGGGGCGAAUGGGGUCGCCGAUCGGAUUGAGGCGGAUCAUAGUAUCCUGUUGCAGAGGGAUAUGCGGAACCCGAGAAAUGUGGAUCAGGCGGUGCAGACGGAGUUUGCGACUGAUGCGGUGGUGGUUACCGCGGGGCAGUAUCGGGCGACGGCGACGGAUGGUGGUGGUAGGCUUAAUAAUACCUCGCCGGCGGCCGUGGCGAAACUUAAGGGGGAACGCAUGGCGUCGUGGCGGGGGUCGACGCAGCGGAAUUCCGGCGGGGGAGUUGGAAUCGCAGCUGGUGGAGCUGCCGGCGGUGGCGGUGGGAGUUGGAACGGACACGGGAACGGCCACGGACACGGGAUGGUGGGCGGCUUUGGGACCGGGGGCAUCAGCCUUAACGUCGCGCUGUCGUCGCUCGAUGUGCUCGACUUGCACGGCCUGCUGGAGUCGUUCCAGGUCAUCUCGUCGCAUCUGCAGGUCGAUAACCUGCUCAAGACCAUGUGUGAGAUCAUUCUCAAUGCGUGUACCGGUUCGGCUACGACGGCGGCUAUUGUGGUGCUGGAUGAGGCCGGAAAUCGCACCAGUGCUAGUGCUAGCACUAGUGGUGGUAGUGCAGACUGGUGUGUCGCGGCCAGCGGGGAUCUCGAGCACGGCGUGCAGUCGCACACUCCCGGGCUACCCCUGAUCGGCACCGACCGGGUCGCUGAGAACACGGUGCUGUAUUGCAUGCGCACGCGUGAGGAUCUGCUGCUGCAGGACGUCGUCGCUGAUGAACAGCACGGCGGGAAUGUCAGCGAGGCCUGGCUGCAGCGCAACCCGGGCAGUCGGGCGGUGAUUGUCAAGCCGAUUCUGCAUGAGGCUAGCAGCAGACAGGGACGUAGACUGCUGGGUGCGGUGUACCUCGAGGGUGCGCCCGGCUCAUUGACCACACGCAACGACAGCGUGGUUGGCCUGCUGGUGGUGCAGCUCAGCAUCAGCUUGGCCAACGCGCUGGCCAUGAAGGCGCUCAAGAAGGCCUCGGCUGAGAACAUCUCCAUGGUGGCCGUCCAGAAACGGGCUCUCGAGAAGGCGAUCGCGGCGGAGACCAAGGCCAAAACUGCCGAGGCCGAGGCCAUCCGCAACGUCAAGCUCGCCGAGGACGCCACCAAGGCCAAGUCUAUUUUCCUGGCUAACGUGUCGCACGAGCUGCGCACCCCGCUCAACGGGGUCAUUGGCAACUCGGAACUGCUGCGCGAUUCCAAUCUCAACCGCGAGCAGCUCGAGAUGGCCGACUCUAUCCGUGUGUCUGCGGAUCUGCUGCUGACCGUCAUCAACGACAUUCUUGACUUCUCCCGCAUGGAGGCCGACAAGAUGAAGCUGUACGUCAUCGCCUUCAACCCAGAGGAAAUGGUCCGCGAGGUUGUCCGCGCCGUGUCCUACAGCAACCGCGAGAAGACAUCCAAGAAAAAGGUCCGCAUCGUGCAGGAUAUCGAUCUGGGUCCCAAACCCAUGCUCAUCUACGGCGACCCUAUCCGUCUGCACCAGGUGUUGGGUAAUCUGAUCGGCAACAGUCUCAAGUUCACCGAGGACGGCGCCAUCACUAUCGGCGCGCGCGUCGAGGAGGAGACGGACGAUAGCGCUACCCUGACGUUUUGGGUGCAGGAUACGGGCAUUGGGAUUUCGCCGCAGCAGUUGGAGAAUCUGUUCCAGCCGUUUAGCCAGGCGGAUGCGAGCACGGCGCGGAAAUAUGGCGGGAGUGGGCUGGGGUUGAGUAUUUGUAAAUCGUUGAUUGAGACGAUGAUGCAGGGGACUAUUCGGUUGGAGAGUCAGGUUGGGGUCGGGACGACGGCAAGGUUUACGGUCACCUUUGAUAAGCCGCAGCCUGAGGUUGUGGCCGGGGAUGAGCAGCCCUCCAUCCCCCAACCCUCCCUCCGCAUCUGCAUAGCCGAAGACAACGCCAUCAACGCCCGCAUCGCCCUGCAAUACCUCCAACGCCUCGGCUACCCCCACGUCGACACCUACGACAACGGCCAACGCGCCGUCGAAGGACUCCGCGAGAAAGCCCGCCAGGGCGUGCCGUACCAUAUCAUACUCAUGGACGUGCAGAUGCCGAUUUUGGAUGGGUAUGAAGCGACGCGGUUGCUAAGGAGGGAUGAGGAUGAGGAGGUCAGGAAGGUGUUGGUUAUUGCUAUGACGGCGUCGGCGAUACAGGGGGAUCGGGAGAAGUGUCUUGCUGCGGGGAUGGAUGAUUAUUUGGCGAAGCCAGUUAGGUCGGAGACGUUGAAGAAGAAGUUGGAUUCAGGAGGCAGGAUCUGGAGCCGGCGCUGGAUCUGCAGGAGAGUCUGGAUCUAG